AUGUCAUCAGAUGCUCGUCUGAUUCAAUCACUAGAGGAAACUGCUCAAUUUAUUUCUAGUAAAUAUAAACUUGAUGAUGUAUUGAAUACCAUUUCAAAGAGGAGACGUAAUUCUCUUAAAUCGUCAUCAUCCGAAACAACAAAUAUUCCUCAAAUAGCCUUAGAGAAAGUCAAUAAUUCUCAGAGGCUUCAAAGAGAAGAGGAAGAAGAUGAUGGUGCACCAUCUGUUCUUUCAGCUCGUUCUCAUAAUUCAACAAGAUUAAGUAUUAAAACACCUAAUAAUCAACAACAACAACAAUAUGAAGUGAUUACACCUACAGGCUAUUUACAAAAUUCAUUUCAUUUCAAUAAUAAUAAUCAAUCAAUCAACCUCAAUCGACCUUCAAGUGCAGCAUCAAGUAAUAGUUGUGUAAGUCAAAAAACAAGUACAAGUCAAACAAUGUAUCCUAUUAGUAAUUCAAAACUUUCUUCACCUAAUUCAGUUCCAAUUUAUCCAUUUUCAAUGACAACAGAUCAUCAACAACUCAAUACUCAACAAUCUCUAAUUCAUGAAGAACAAUUACUUACUCCAAGACAACAAUCAUGCUUAAUGAAUCAACAAGAAGAAAUAUUUUCAAUUCAUGAAUUAGAUAGUGCUUCAUUAAGAUUACUUCAGGAAAUUCAUGAUCCUAAAUCUUCCCUAAAUAGUAGUAGAUCAAAUAGUAGUUUAGGAAUUCAUAAUCAAAAUAAUAACAAUUCAUUUCAUUCUUCUUCUAAUAAUUAUUCACAACAAUUAAUUAAUGAUGAAGAAUUAAAUCAAGCUAUAAAUAGUCAUAACCAAUUAAGGAAAGAAAUAAGUAAUGUCAUUCCACAACAAGAUUUUAUUGAACCACCAAAUGAAGAAGAAUCAAUUCUAGAAGAAGAAUAUGUUGAAAAUUAUGAAAUUGAUGAAACAUAUGAAAUUGAAAAUCCACAUUUAAAUAGAAUUCAUUUAACAACAAGUGAAUCAAUUAUUAAUGAAGUUUUUGAUUUAAAUAACAAACAAACAAGAGAAACAAUUGAACAAGUCAUUUCACAAUUAACUCAAGUUGAAGAUGAAUUAGAUAAACAAGAAGAUGAAUUAAUUAUUAAGGAACAAUUUUUAAAUCCAAUAAUUUUAAAUAAUAAUUUAACUAAUAAUUUAAAUAAUAAUUUAAAUAGAACAUCUUUGAAUCAAUCUAUUAAUAAUAUCAAUAAUAAUAAUAUGAAUAAUAAUAAUACAUAUACUAGUCAACAACAAUUAAAUCAAUCGAAUCCUUCUAAUAAUCUUAAUAAUUUUACACAAUGUAUACCACCAUUAAAUGAAGAUGUUGAUUAUAAAACAAGAUUACAAUAUUAUAUGAAAUAUUUAUUACAUUCUAAUGAAAAGAUAAAAAUGGAAAUAAAUCAUCCUUUAAUUAUUGAAAAUGUAAUACUUCCUAUUUUACAUAAAGAAUGUUUAUCAUUUGAUUUAGAUAAAAGAGAAUGUGCUAUUAAAUCAAUUAAACAUUUUGGUUUAAUUUCACAUAAAUGUUUAAAUACUUUACUAAAUAUGUUAAUUAAUGGUUCAUGUGAUAGAAUUUUAAUUGGACAAGCAAUUAGAUCUAUGGGAAUUGAAGGUGAAAAAUCUUUAAUUAAAUUAAUGGAAUCUUCAAAUUCUAAAGUUAAAGAAUCAAUUGCUACUGUUUUUGGUGAAUUACCAUAUUUAGUACAAUCUCAUUUAACUAUAAUUGCAAAUUCAGAUAUUCAUCAUUUUAUCAAAUCACAAAAUCCUAGAAUUUUAUAUUAUUUUAAUGGUGAUGAUCAAUUACCUCCUUUAUUAUUAUUUGAUUCAAGAGAAUUAAUUUCCAUAACUAGAAAUAUUAUUAGAGAUGGUUUAUUAGAUGAAAUUGAAUUUGGAAAUCAAUUUACAUGUAAAUCUGAAUUAACUUUAUUACAUGCAAUGGUUUCAUCUUUAAAACCAAUUAUUUAUAAUGAUACUAUAAAUGGAAAUAAUACAUUUUUAAAUAAUACUACUUGUAUUAUUAAUAAUAAUUAUACUUUAUUAAAUAAUACAAUGAAUAAUAAUUAUAAAAAUCAAACAUCAAUACUAAAUAAUAUUAAUAAUACUAAUAAUAUUAAUACAUCAUUUAAUUCAACUUGUUAUAAUUCUCAACAUGAUCAAAAUACAUCAUUUUCAAUAUUAAAAAGUUAUUAUAUAAAAGAAUGUCAAAGAAUUAAACAAUUAUAUCAACCUAAUAAUAAUAUAUUUAAAAAUAUUAAUAAUACAACUACUAUUACUACUAUUAUAGAAAAUCAAAGUGGUAAUAUUUGCAACAAUAGUAGUGGUAGUAGAAAAAUGUAUUUAAAUUCAUAUUUUGAACAAGUACAAGUGAAUACAAUUUCAAAUGAAUGUUUAAAUAGUUUAAUUUGUAAUUUUAAAUAUUCAGAUGAAUGUGUUAGAAUUGCAAGUGUUAAAUCAAUUAUUAAUUUAAUAAGUUUAAAUAAUAUUAAUCAAUUAUUAGAAUCAUUAAAAAUUGAAUGUUUAACAGAUCCAUCACCAAGAGUAAGAUCAUUAGCAUUGGAUGCUUUUGCUAAAAUUGGAAAAUCAUGUUCAUGUUUAAAUAGAAGAGAAAAGAGAUCAAUUUUACAAUCAAUAUUACCAUUAAUAAGAGAUUCACAUUGGAAUGUUAGAAUGAGUGCAUGUAAUGCAUUAUGUGAACAUUAUUUACAAAUAAUUAACAUGUCUAAUUUUGAUAAGGAUUUUUAUAGACAAAUUUUCCAUAUUUUAAUAACUGCAUUAAGAGAAGGAACUUUAUCAAGAAAUGAAAUUUGUAAAUGUUUAAGUUUAUUAGAAUAUGAUGGUAUUUCACAAUUAAUUUAUUUAUUAAGACAAGAUUCACAAAGUAUGAGUAUUCAAGUUAGAAUUUCAUCUUGUUAUGGACUAUCUUUAAUUUCAAUUGAUUCUCCAUAUAUAGAUAGAAUAGUUGAAACAUUAUUCAUGACUUGUAAUUCAAUUGAAAAAACUCCACCUCUUGUUAGAAAAGCUGCUAUUAAAUCUUUAGGUGAUUUAGCAAGAAAAUCUAAAGACAAAUUAUCAUAUCUAAGUCCAAGAUCACUUUUACCAUUUUUAUAUUCCUUUUUAAAAGAUAAGCAUUUAAUUGUACGUCAAAUGUCUGCUCAAGUUUUAGCUCAUUCAGGUCCACAUGGUGAAUUAUUAUUAAUGGAAGCAUUAUUGAAAGAUUCAAAUUCAAUUAUUCGUUCAAGUGCUGCUUUUGGAAUGACUUUUAUUGGUCCAAAAUCAAUCAUUUCAUUAAUAUUAGCACUCUCAAAUGAAAUUAAUUCACAAGUUAAGAAAUCAAUUUAUAUUUCAAUUGAAUCUUUUAAAUUUGAUGAAAUUAUUUCAAUUAUUCAAAACAAAUCUCAAAAGGAUUCAAUUUUAAAUACUUUAUACACAAUUUUAAAUAGAAUUAAUAAUUCAAGAGAAAAUUGUUAUCCAUCAGAUUAUGUUUUAGAUUUGUUUAAUUAUAUUAUUAAUACUUUUCAUUUAGAAAAUCAACAAUAAAUUGUUUUUUCAAUU